AGGAAACUCACAGACCCUUCUUUUGUUAGCUUUUUCUUCUUCUCCUCUCUACCGAAAGUAGGAGAAGAGCAUCAGCUUUGUGUGUGGAAUGGAGGUGGGCCUUCAACUGUCACCGAUUCCACUCUCCAAAAGCCCAUCGAAUUUCUCUGCUUUUUCCUUUUUUCUUCCCUCCAUUUUCUCUUUCUUCCCUUCUUUUCUUCUUUUCUUCUCUAAUGGCGGCCACCUAAAAAAGAAUCCCAGUAAAAGAUAGAGAUUUCAAUUCUCCGUUUUCUUCAUUUUUUUCAUGGCAGAAGAAUUUCAGACUCUUUCGUAAAUGAUUCAUGUCUUUGAGUUUUGGAAGGAUUGCCGGAAAACAAGAGGAAGAAGAAGAAGAAGAAUCCGAUUGCGAUUCUGAUUCUUGAGUUAGUGUUGGAGAGAGAGAAAGAGAGAGAGAGAGAGUAAGAUUUUGGGUUUUUCGUCUUAGCAUUCUGGCUUCUCUCUGUCUUGAUUCUUCUUCUUUAAUGGCAGCCAAUUCUCUGUUUUCUUCAUAGAAAAGAGAAAGAAAGUGACUGUUUGGUGGUAGAAGAGAAAGCGAGUGUAUGAGAAUUACAGAGUCCUGAGUUUUGGAGGAAGGCUGCGACAUGAUUGCCACAAUAAUAAGAAGAAUCCGCUUGCGACUUUGAUUCUUGAGAGAGAGGUGUCGGAAAGGUUUGAAUUGAAUUGGGUCGGAGUGGAUUUUGAUUAUUUUUCUAUGAGAGGAAGAAAAAUAGCUGUGUUGGGUUAGAAAGUAUCCUCCUUAAGAUUGGAAUCUCAGGCUCUUCUGCUGCAUUUGUUUGACAUUUUUCGGAUCGUCGGCACUCUCCAUAUUUUCUUCCUUGAUUUUGAGAAAUUGGGAAUACAGAUUCAGCAGGUUUGAUGCGAUCUCGAUUGAAGAGUUGAUUCCUAUAGGCGGCCCUGAGUUGGAUUCUCAUCCAUCUAUUAUGAUGGCGAAGACAUCACAGAAGCGCUCUGUGCGGGCGGAAAAGGACCGCCCGGGUUGUAUUUGGGGUUUGAUUAGUAUUUUUGACUUCCGACAUGGCCGUUCUACUCAAAGGUUGAUUUCAGAUAAGAGACGUGGAAGCGGCAGACAUGUUAAAGGCACUGGCGUUUCAAGGAACAAACAUCAUUUACUGACCAAUGGCAGCGAAAAGCACAAGGACUUGGACGAAAGCGUUAAUGAUUCUUCUGAUGGCGAUGACGACAAAAUAGCCAGGGUCGAUUCUAGUAUGUCAAGUGUAAAAGCACUCAUAGAUGAAGAAAUGUCCAAAGCAAAGCAAUCAAAGAAGCAAACUUCGAGCGAGACGAUUGAACAAAAAAGGCCCGAUUUAGAAAACAGAGUUUGCUUAGAGGAAACUUACAACCACACAAACAAGAGUUCUAGUGUAGCCUGCGAUGUAAACUUACAUGAUUCAGGAGCUUCUGCAAGCUUGGACCAUGACCAAUCUCAUCAUCCGAAUUCAAGGGAAAGAUUUUCAGAAGUGGAAGAGUUCUUCGAUCAGAACCAUCCAAACCAUGAGAUUGGGACCUGUUCCUGCCAUGCCAAGAAAAGUUCAAGUCAUAUAAAGCACAAUGAGAAUGCUAAACAUGAAGAAAGACUGGGUGAAACUGCAGAGGCUUUUCUAAAUCAGAAGCUAAUUGAUGCAAAACAACUCCUCGCAGGCGGGCCGCUCCACCAGUCCAAAGAAUUCAUGGAUGCAUUAGAGAUAUUAAAGUCAAACAAAGACUUGUUUUUAAAGCUCCUGCAGGAUCCAAACUCGCUGCUGGUGCAACACAUUCAUGAGCUGCAAAAUGCUCAGGCAGGAGUUGGAUUGUCAGAAGAGAUCAAUAAUUCAAUGCAAUUGCAAGAACCUGUCAGUAAUAAACAGUAUCAGAAACAAAGAAGAUAUAGAUUUUUUGGACGGAGAGAUAAGAUGACAGAGGGUAAAAACCCAUCAAAGGGAAGUGAUGGCCCUCCGACUUCAAGCAGAAUAGUUGUUUUGAAGCCUAGCCCCAUAACCAGUCCAGGCUCUUCGCCGCAACCCCAUUUCAGCUCGAGGAGUCGAGGGCAGAGCGAAAGAGCCCCCUCCCAGUUUUCUAUUACGGAAAUCAAAAGGAAACUGAAACAUUCAAUUGGAGAAAACAGAAAGGAACGACAUUGGAUAACUAUGGACGGUAUUCUACAUAGAGUCCCACACAGGAGUGUAAAUUCGGGAGAUGGUGGCAAGCCGAAGGAAUGUGAAUCAAGCAAUGAAUAUGAAGGCAGUUUGCCUAGCUAUGAUAGCUGCAAGAAUAUAAACACGACGACUGUGGUGUACUCCCCACGAAGAGAAUCCGCAAUCUAUGAAGAAGCUAAGAGGCAUCUUGCAGAAAUGCUGAGUGCUGGGGUUGAAGAUGGGGAGCUGCCAACGAGGCGGGUCGCACGAACCUUGGGAAGAAUACUUUCCAUGCCAGAAAGUAGCAUGCAGUCACCCGAAUUUAGUACUGGAAGGAACAAGGAACCUAGAUUCGAACAUGAAGAGAUGAGAUUUUCACCAAGCGAUGAUUUUCAAUGUCGUAGCGAAAAUGGAUUGAGAUACAAGAAAGAAAUAACUGUCAACCGUUCAAGUCCAUUAAGGCAGAAUGUUGAGAGCUCGUCGUGGGCUAAUAAUACCAAUGACCCAGAUGGUGAACUUCAAGUGCCCGAUUCUAAUUCGGAACUACUGGAGCAAAUUCUUCCUGAUAUAGAAAUGCAACCAAGCGGUAUAAGAGGUCAUCUAAGUCCAAAAGGCGGUAUGGAAAUCCAAGAAAUAACUGACGCCGUGCGCAUCGAAGAGACUGACCACAUGGAUGCACCCUCCAAACCAGCUAAUGACCAACAAAUUGACAACAAACACCACAACAUAGAUGCCUCUGAAAAUUGUGGGGAAGAGGGAUCUUCCGAAUGCUCAAUAUCGGACUCAUCUGAAGAGAAGGCAAUACUGCCAUUGAUACCAGCUUCUUUCUCGGAAAGCCCUUUACAUAUCCAUGAAACUGAAGAUCCAGAUAGCAUCGGCGAAAAGCAAGAGCGGCCUAGUCCGGUAUCUGUUCUCGAUCCCUUCUUCGUGGAAGAUGUCACUUCUGCGAGCUCUGAAGCCCGACAUGUUGAUCUGACAAUUCAACCACGGCAAAUCCAUUUUGAAGAACACCACCAUCAUUCUAUCUCAACCGCUCCUUUGGAUCCUGAAAUCAAUCUAAGAACUCGUAUGGUGGGAAAGGAAUCCGAAUUCGAGUAUGUACGAACCGUGUUACAAGCAUCCGGCUUAAGCUGUGACGGUUUCAUGGCGAGAUGGCAUUCUUCAGGCCAUCUGCUCGAUCCAUACUUGUUUGACGAAGUAGAGGCCUCAUUUACAGCCCAAUCAUCGGAUGACCAGAAGCUUCUCUUUGAUUGCAUAAACGAAGUUCUCGGGGAGGUUUAUGAGCGGUUUUUCAGUUGCUCACCUUGGGUAUCAUUUGUCAAACCCAACAUUCGGCCAAUUCCUAUGGGGAAAAACCUCGUCCGAGAGGUAUGGGAAGGCAUUGAUCGGCUUUUUCCCACUCAGUAUCCACAUACGCUAGACCAGAUCGUUGGAAAAGACAUGGAAAAAGACGGAACAUGGAUGAAUCUUCAAUCUGAGGUAGAAAGCUUUGGCAACGAGAUGGGAGAUCUCAUUCUUGAAAGACUACUGGAAGAGACGAUACUGGAACUAUGGGAAUAAAGUUUUGGUAUGAGGCUAUGAGCACAGUGCUUCCAUUCAUUGAAACAGCUCGUAUAAAACAAGAGGCUCAAGAUUUUUCCAGUGCCAUCUUCCUAUACAGAGCAGGAGUCGGCAGUGAGUGUGCGGCAGUGAUUGUGGCGAUGCUGUGGUUGAUGCUAAUCCUUGAGACAGUAGGAAGAAUUUGGAAAGGGUUCGAAGUUCAGUUGGUUGAACUCAACUGUUAGAAGCCAUUGUCCAAUAGUUUGUUCAUUCUAUUCAUUCUCUUCUCAAUCCUCAGGUGUUGCUUUCUUCAAGGUGUUGUGUUUGUAUCAGUUUGUCUCUAUUGUGAUUAUCUGAAACUAACGAAAAAGAAGAUUACAUAUCUGUUGUAUUCAUCAUA